GAACGCGGCCAAGUUUUCCACCAUUUUCAGAAAUAUUUAGUAACUGAAUUCUUGAAUAUUAGAGAAAGAGAUAUAACCUCAAUCGUGUAAUUGUAAUAUUACAAGCAAUUGUAUUAUUAGCUGUAUAAUUCGAGAUUAUAUGUGAAGAAAAAAAGGUUUUAAAAAAAUCAAGAUUUCGUUCUUUUUGCAAAAAUGCAUUGGAAAAUGAAGAGAUUAAUAGAUGGUUUGAUGUCUGAUGAUAACGAGGAUAUGAACAGCGAUGAGGAUAUCGAGGAUACAAGCAGCGAUGAAGAUAUCGAGGAUAUAAGCAGCGAUGAGGAUUCAUCAAACGAAUCCUCAUCAACAUCGGAUAGUGAUAACGAUAGAAUUUCUAUUAUCGAAGAAUCAAAAGCUGAAACAUCGGCAGAUGGGGCAUCUUCUCAUCAAGACAACAGUAACUUAUUGUUAGAUGAAGAGAAUGAAGUUGUCAAGGCUAUAUUAAGUGGAAAAGAUUUGCACAGGAAUCAUCCACCAACAAUUAUAUUAGAAGAUAUGAUAACAGAUAUAUGUUUCCAUCCUACAGCAGAUACUAUAGGUGUAGCUAGUAUUACGGGAGAUAUUUUUAUGUACAAGUAUAACAAUGAAGAGACUAGUCUUGUAUCUACUAUAGAAUUGCAUCUUAAAGCUUGUCGAGACAUUGAGUUCAGUGAGAAUGGACAGAUAUUAUUCUCAGCUGGAAAAGAUUUAUGUAUAGCGAUAACUGAUGUGGAAACUGAAAAGUUAACUAGAUUAUAUGAGAAAGCUCAUGAGCAACCUAUAUAUACAAUGACGAUAAUCAAUGAGAAUGUAUUUGCAACAGGCGACGAUGAUGGUGUAGUAAAAUUGUGGGAUCUCAGACAAAAGGGAAGUGAACCAAUAUUUUCCAUAAAGAAGGUGGAAGAUUAUAUUAGCGCAAUGAUAACCAACAGAGAUGCCAAGUAUUUGGUUUGUUCCAGUGGUGAUGGUUGUCUAACGACUCUAAAUAUACCAGAGAGAAAAAUGCACAUACAGUCCGAAGAAUAUGACGAGGAACUGACGUGUCUCGGUUUAUUUAAAUCCGAAAGAAAAUUGUUAACAGCUACUAGUAAAGGGAAAAUGUAUGUAUACAAUUGGGGUGAAUUUGGAUUACAUUCGGAUGAAUUUCCAAACAUUACGAAGGCAGCCAUAAAUUGUAUGAUUCCCAUUACGGAGAAUGUUGUAAUAACUGGAGAGAACGGAAUAAUUAGGGCAACUAGUUUGUUUCCUCAUCGUCAACUCGGCAUAGUAGGACAUCAUGACUUUUCUAUCGAGACGCUCGAUAUCAGUAACAAUGGAACUUUAAUAGCGUCCUCGUCUCAUAAUAAUGACAUCAAAUUCUGGAAUGUACAAUAUUUCGAGACUUUAAACGUUACCGAAUCUGUAAAAGGUGGAAAACAAAAACGGCUCAAACAUAAUCUUCCAAGCAGUGAAAUAAAUAAUCGAUCUGAUUUCUUUGCUGAAUUGUGAUUUUAACAGUUUCGUAUAAUAAAAUAAUAUAAUUUGUACUGU